UUAUGUGCAGACGUGAGAGUCACUUAUUAGCAAACGGUCAACCGUUGCGUCAUGUACGUAACUCAUUGACAAAAGGCAGAUAAUAAGCACACCGUGACCGCCAUUUUCAGUGUAGGCAUCGCAAGUACAUAGCAUCCAUACGCUACAAUGCAUCGUGCGGGAAGGCAGCAAAUUGAAUCGGGAAAUUGUCAAUUUGUGUGAUAUUGAAACACCGUCUGGCGGUACGCAAGGUCUCGUUGUUUGAGGUUGACCGGUGCAGGAGUUCAAAAGGGCACAGCGUAGGAAAUUAACAGGCUAGGAGUGCAGGACUCCCGGACUCCCGAUAGUCGAGCUCACAAACAACGGCGUCACGGUCCUGAGCAACACAGAUUGUUGCACGCCGUGUCAACUAGAGCUCCAGAACUUUGGUGGGAGCCGGCCGUUACCUUUGCUCUGCCUUCACAACAGGUUCCCUGAAAAGAAGAAGCCUCAACUAGCACAGGUAAUGGAAGCACUUCCAGUGGAUGAUGAGACCGACGGUAAGGGAACGGAACCUACAGACGAGGGGACAGAUAAUGAUGGGAACGGGGGAGAGGAUGCAGGGGGGAGAGGCAACUGGUCUGGCAAGCUGGACUUCCUUCUGUCCUGCGUCAGCUACGCCGUGGGGCUUGGCAAUAUCUGGAGAUUCCCGAUCUUGUGUUUCGAAAAUGGAGGAGGUGCCUUUCUGCUGCCUUACGUCAUCAUGAUGCUCGUGGUCGGGAUGCCAGUCUUUUUCCUUGAAAUGGCAAUGGGGCAGUUCUCCAGCCUCGGUUGCCUCAAUGUGUGGAAGUGCACCCCGAUUGCAAAAGGUCUGGGAUACGGUAUGCUGAUGAUAGCCGCCUGUAUUGCCACCUACUACAACGUCAUCAUCGCCUACACCCUAUUCUAUCUCUUUGCCUCCUUCACGAAGGAGCUGCCCUGGAAGACAUGCGACAACAGUUGGAACACGCCGAACUGUAGGGUCAGCAAGGCCUGCAAAGACUGUGACACCUAUACAGGCAACGACACCUAUCUCAAUAGCACCUACUUCAACGGAACCUUCGAUGACGACACCUUUGGCCUAUACGACGUGUACGACGACGACUUUGACAAUUCGUCCGAGAGGAACGUUUCUACGACCCGGCCGAGCGAGGAGUACUUUAAUUUGCGCAUGCUUGAUGUGUCAGACGGCAUCCAUGAAUUGGGUGAAAUCAAGUGGGAACUAACCCUGUGCCUACUUCUAGCAUGGAUCCUAGUUUUCCUGAGUUUAGCCAAAGGGAUACAGUCAUCUGGAAAGGUAGUGUACGUGACUUCUACUUUCCCAUACUUGGUUCUCAUUUCCUUGUUCAUUCGUGGCAUAACGCUGGAUGGCGCUAUUGAUGGUGUUAUUUUCUACAUGAACCCGAAUCCAACUAAACUGUUGCUUCCAAAGGUGUGGCAAGACGCGGCAGUACAGGUGUUUUUCUCACUUGGAUGUUCUUUCGGCACACUGCACACUCUGUCCAGUUAUAACAAGUUCCACCAUAACACCCUCAAAGAUGCCGUGAUAGUAUCGUGGCUGGACUGUCUCACGAGCAUCUUCGGCGGGUUCGUCGUGUUCUCCGUCUUGGGUUUCAUGGCACAGGACGCUGGCACUACGGUAGACAAAGUCGUCGACUCGGGUCCGGGUCUUGCCUUCAUCGCCUACCCCGAGGCUAUCGCCCGAAUGCCGCUGGCUCCUCUGUGGUCAGUUCUCUUCUUCGUCAUGAUCUUUAUGCUAGGGAUUGGAAGUGAGUUCACGCUAUUCGAAGCGGUCCUCACUGGUCUGGUGGACGACUUGGAGAAAAACAUCAAGAAUUUCCGGAAGUACAAGACGCUGCUGACCUUAGGCCUUUGCAUCAUCUGUUUCCUUCUUGGACUUCCAAUGGUUACCCAGGGUGGCGUUUACAUCGUAACGCUGUUGAAUACUUUCGUCGCGAAUGUUAAUUUGCUGAUUGUGUCAACCACGGAGAUAAUAGUCGUUGCGCACUGCUACGGAAUCAACCGAUUUUUAGUCGAUAUGAAAGCCAUGCUGGGCUUCAAACUCAACAUUUACUGGAAGAUUUCAUGGUGGAUCGUAUCUCCAAUUGCUUUGCUGUGUGUGACAAUCGCCUCGAUUGUUUUAAACACGCCUCUGAAAUAUGGCGAUGGUACACCAUACCCCGACUGGGCGCAGGCCAUUGGCUGGCUUAUUGCAAUGUCGACACUGGUACCCGCACUGGUUUACCCGAUGUAUUACAUAUACGGACUUCAGGGAACUAUACUCGAGCGGAUACGACUGUCGGUAAAGCCAACGCCAGACUGGGGGCCCGCUCUCGACAAAGACCGGGUGGUGGCUGGGUACGCACCCCUAUCUGGUACCGAUCCACAGGAAUACGAACGGAUGGUCGAACAGGCAAACGACGCAAAGGACAAAGAGACCAACAUUUGAGGGCGAUUUUAGUUGCAGCGCCUGUUUGACAGUAAACGUCCCCUUUACAAUGCCACGGUAUUAAUGCACAAGUUAAUGUACAAAAUAAUGCACUUUCAAAUUCGAAGGCUUUUAUGGUAUGAACAACCUUUCGUUCUUAAACUCAUAUCUUAUAGUAGAAUUUAGUUUUUGAUUAGUUGUUUGCCCUGUUUCGAUAAGAGAGUAUAUAGUGUGGGCCAACAAGCCGAAAAGUUGCGUGAUGGAUAUAAUGUCUGCUUCUUAUAGAAAAUUGCAUUGAUUUCAGCUAAAAAUGUGAAAGGUGCAAUUUUAACAUACAGUUAAUUAUUUCAGUAUAUAGGCUCAUCAUGCUAUUGCAGACAAUUGCAAUAAUAAGAAGGAAAUACUUUCAGGGUUCAAAAUUCUGCAAGCAAGCAGGUUAUUUUCUUUUAUAUUCUUCACUGUUUUGAAGUCUCAAGUUUAACAUAUAUAAGUUUCCGUUUCCAUUUCUUUUUCUGUUCUUCCUUUUUUUUAAUCAGGGUCCUUGUCAGUUAAAAGCCCAUCCUGAUUCCAUGCAAUGAAUUAUUUGUAUAUUUAAAAGACUUUCAAUUUCAUGUUUGAUUUUGCUUUAAGUUGUUUUGUUGGAGGGUAUAUGUUUUACAAUGGAUUCAAAUCUAUUUUUUUGCAAGCGGAUUUGAAGUUGCGGAUCAACGCCACGAGUAUGGGCUGUUUCGGCUAUAAUACUCCAAUUAAGAAGUGGGAAGCUAUGUGUACAUUUGAGCAUUAUUUUAUACCAAUUAAAAGUUCCUUAAUUCAAAUAUUUAUCUUUAAUCAAAUUAAACUCUCCAGAUUGCAGAUCAUGAAGGC